AUUGACACAAUUUUUCUGAAAACUCAUAAUAUUGUGACAUUUUUCUUUUAAUAUUUUUGAAAUCAAGAAAACUUAGAAAAGCACGAAAUAACAAAAUGGAACAUUGUCGAGAGGGACUAAAUUUUGUGCCUUUACUAACACAAAGUACAACACCACCCUGCAGUGGCAGAUCACGCAUAAGUCUCAACAAACAACGAUCUCAACGUUCUCUAAUCUGUUACAAUGGCAAUUAUGAAGGUGAUAGCAGCAUGUUUAAAGACAAGCUUUAUGAAUUUGAACAUUUAAGUUUGGUGGAUACAGAAAGUGAUACUGACUUUCCAAAGGAACCCACUGCACGUUCCUCUUUCAUGCCAAAAGACAAUAAUGAAAGAUCAACUAUAGCUUGGCGUCUUUUACAAUUUUCUAUGCAGCAAUUUUUAAAACCCGAAAUGGCGGAAAAAGUUUCUGAUAAAAUAGAAAAUUUCAUGGAAAGUCUUUUGUAUAAGAAAUUGAUAAAAUGGUUUAAAUUUGUAACCCUAUUGUUUAGCUAUAUUUUCUAUAUAACUUUAAUUUUAUGGAAACGUUUGUCCGUAUUAAGUAAUUUCUUUUGGAAGAGACGUGUGGUAUUUCGUAACUUAUCACGACGUUUACUGUGGGGGCUAACAUUGGCCAAAUGCAGUGAUCUAUGUUUAUUUAUAUUGAUAUUGAUCACUAUACCUGUUUUACUUAUACUAUCAAUAUGUGGUCUGAUUAUAGCACUUUUUAGCGGUAUUAGAAAUAGUUUUCAUUAUUGGUCAUAUUAUAUGAACAAAAUUUAAUUGUUAAAAAAUUAAGUGAAGUGAUCGUUUUAAUUAAAUUUAAUAAUAAAUCUCGGAAAUGCAUUUAAUAAACCAACAAAAUGUAGAGGAAAAAAAAAACAACAAAAGAAUUUCGAAAAAAAAUCAAGUGAGCAACAACAACAAGUACAAACAUUUCCGCCUGAAAUGAUAAUAAUGAUCAGUCUCAUAAACGUCAUUACGAUCGUGCAGAGUAGCGUAGUAAUGAUGCGCAUGAUUGUGAUGCUGUGUUACUGUAACUAAUCAUUAUUAGCAUUUCAACUGACCGAGCGAUCGUCCAACCGCACACAGUCCAUCCACACAAUAAUAAAAUGCGUUCAAUUAUAUUAAACUCAAGUACCACAUUCCCCCAUUUUCCAAAAAAAAAACACAACAAUUCAAGUAUUAUUCCCUGAAAUUGUGUGUGCGUUCGUUUUUCGAGUCUCGCCUCGUUUUGUCUUGCAAUUUAGCGGAAUUUAUUAAUCAUAUGAUA